GAGGAGCCUGCGCACGGCGCAAAAAAUGGCGGCCGAGGUGUUCGCUCUGCAUUCUCGUCCAAGGUGUCUGCGGCACCACAGGCACCCAGCGCAGAUGCUAAGGCGGACGCUAAGGCCAAAGUGAAGGCCAAGGCUGUGAAGCCGAAACCUGACUUGCUGGGAGCCCUCGCGGCUGAAGAGACCGCCAGGGCUGCGGCAAUGCUGGCGAAGUUCGCUCCUGUAGGCGGAGCGCCAUCACCAAUGCCAGUGCCAACGCCAGCACCGCAGAGGGCUGUGGUGGAGACUGGCCCUGUUCCGUAUCGUGCACCGGAAGCGGCGCCUGUGGCAGCAACCAGCCCUGCGCAGCCCAGGACCAACGGAAAAGCCACAGCCACAGCCAAGAUUCCUGCGUCAGUUGCGCCGCAGAAGACUAUGAGGAAGCCAGAAGUUUCCGACAGAUCCGCGGAUGAUGCGACGCUGCGCGCAGAAGCAGAGGCAGCUGCCGAGAGAGCUAUCGAGCAUGACCGCAGCACCCACGGCGAAGACUGGUGGAAGAAGUUGAAGGCUCCCAAAGAAGCAAAGCCCGUGCAGCGAGUGGAUCGUGUGCCAAUGUACAGAAGCCAGUCCAGCAAUGAAGCCGAGCAGUGCCAGCUGCCCACCAGGCGCUUCAAGGUUCUGGCGCAGGUGCAGCCUGUUCGUGCCCAGCCAUGUGCUGGAGCACCCGUCUGUGGCGGCAAGAAGUCUGGAGAGAUACUACGUGCCCAGGAGGAGAGCUUCGACGGUUGGGUGAAACUUGCCGGGGAAGCUGGUUGGAUUUGCCAGGUUGACGAAGAGCUUGGCGCAAGUGGAAAGAAGUGCCUGGAGGCGUUGGAGAAGCCACGGGCUAUGGCUGUCGAGAGCCUUUCCAAGACACCAGGUCGCCAAAUGCUGGAGGUUGUGGCGGAUGAUGGUGUGGACCUCCUCCGCGACCCCUAUGACGGUGCUCUAUUGCUGGGCCGAAGGAGCUUUGGCGAGUUCCUCUUGGCAGAUUCUCAGACGUACCACGGUUGGGUCCGGCUAUCAGACAAUGAUGGUUGGGCACAGGCUGUGAGUGGUUCAGGGGAGAAGCUCCUUCUUGGAAUCCGGCCUGACGAGCUGCAGCUGACGCAGUCAGAUGGGCAGGCUAUCCCAGAAGAGGCGCAAAAAGAGCAGUUGGCAGCGGCUGCAGAAGAGGCAGCUCGGAAAGAGGCUCUGCGACAACUGGAGGCCGCAGCUUUAUCUGGGAACUCUGCUUUCUUCUGCGCCGCCCUCGAGGUCGCGCGGCAGAAAGGAGUAUCCAAAAAGGACAUUGCCAAAGCCAAUGCCAUGCGUUCUUGA